AGGCGUUACCUUAUAUAACUGAUAAGAGACCUAAUUUUUCAAAUUAUAUAACCCAAUUAAAACAUCAAAGGAGUUAAAAUUCAUUCUUUUUGAAUAUUCAUUGUAAAAAACCCAAACAUGAAGUUUGCAUUGGUUGCCGUAGUAUGUCUUGCUUUGGUGGCAGUUAUUGUCGCUGAGAAUGCCAGACCACGAGACCACAAGCGCAGGACCCCAGCCCCUCCCCCUAGUAGGGCACCCAGCAAAAGAUGUUCGGAUCAAUCUGACUGUGGUGACGAUGAAUGUUGUGUUGGAUUAAAAUUUCGAUCUGGAAAAUGCCGAAAAUUAUUAAGAGAAG